AUGUGCGAACAUGAAAAUCAACUUUCACACGAAAUUUACUUGCUAGUCAGCUGUCUCAUCACAAUCAGUACAGCGAUACGGGUUGAUUGGAACACAAACAAAGGUCCUAUAAUACCGCCCACGGUAAAACCAACAGUGCAACCACAACCGCCCUACCGUGAACCAGCGCCUGUGUGGGAAGAUCAAAGUGGUGAUAUACCCAAUCCAAAUCCUUAUGUUUAUGUUUUACCACCGCCCUCACGUCCACGCCCCAACAAUAAUAAUUACUACUUCAAUAGUAAUACGUAUGGUAACAUUGUUGCACCAAGCAAUGCAAAUUCGUAUCAACAGACUAGCCAAACAAACCAGGUCUCCGGGCUAGCACCACAGUACGUACCAAAUGUCGGCCUCAAAUACUUUGCGGUUGUACCAAACGCCAGCAGCAACAAUAACAACAACAACAACAAAAUCAAUGGCUCAAAGGCCACAAAAUACGCAUCCAGUGUAUCUGCAAAUGGUCUCUCAAGUGGUUACUUCGGCGACAAAGUGCAAGGCAAAUACAAUCCCAAAACGAAAAAAUACAAGGCAUACGAAAAGGUCAAAUACGUGCCACUCAACUACAAUCCACUACUCGAAUUCGUACUACCCAACACACAGAAAUACGAUCCUGUCUUUGAUCAGCAAUAUUUGAUACAGACACAGCAAUUGCCGUUCGAGACAGCACCGCAGCCGUUUAGAGCACCUGUGGAAACGGUAACGCAGCAAACUGCGGAAACAAGGAAACCCUUUGUAGCAUCCAAAGUUUUAGAUAAAACGACGACACCCGAAAAGUCGCAGAAGAAACCCGCAGCAGACAAAACGAAAAACUCCAAUCUAAACGCUGUGGGAACAUCAAAAAGCAGUUAAAUUUCUAACUGAAAUUUCUUAUAAAGUUUUACUUGCCGUACCUCAAAAAUUAGAAAUACUUUACUUCAACCUUUUGAACCACUCUGGAGACAGUGAAUUUAGAUAUGUUCAAGAAAAAGAGAGAGAGCGAGAGAGAGAGAGAGAAUGAAAGAGAAAGAGAGAGUAAACGUACGUGUUUUGACUUAUUCACAAAUUUCCUGGGCCCACAUAUGUUUUCGGAUACUAAAAUAAUUAAUCUAUUUCAAUUUCUUACUACAAUUCUUCUUCAGUUCAGGGGCCAUAUAAUUUUGUCAGCAAAUCAAAGAGAAAAAAUUUAUUUAAAAUGUUCACAUAUUUUGAUAUACGAUGUAUAUAUAAAAUAUAUUAUCUUCUGUAAACCUGUACAUAAACUAUAAAACAAGUAAACAAAUUAUAUAUUUUAAAUCCUCAGAAAGAAAUAAAUAUAAUAUUUGUAAAUAUAGUUAAUACAUAAAAU